CUGGCCCCCAUCGUCCCAAUCGGUAUGUUCUUCUCUGAACAUGUCCUGCAGGUGAUGUGGGUGCGCGGGCCGUCCAUGACGCCCUACAUCAACGAGAACUACGAGCAGAUGCGCACGGCCAGCGACAUGGUGCUGGUGAAUAUGUGGCCGUGGGGAGGCGGCGGGUGGCCCUGGGAGAGGAAGAGGAGGCUAGAGAGGGGGAUGGUUGUUACGUUUCGGUCACCCGCAAACCCCUCCCACACAGCGAUAAAACGCAUCGUCGGUCUCCCCGGUGAUCGAAUCACGACUCGCGACCCGUGCCUGAAACCCACGCAGAUCGUCCCCUUCAAUCAUGUCUGGCUGGAAGGCGACGCAGAGGACCCCAACAAAUCGCUCGACAGCAACACGUACGGGCCUGUGAGUAUCAGUCUGCUUUCUGGGCGGGUGAUGGCUGUGCUGUGGCCAAGGUUGAGGAUGCUCAGGUGGUCGGAUUGGGAGAAUGGGGUUGUCGAGGGGGAUUAUGAGAGGAGGUUGGGGGAGAAUUAUCGCGGUGGGGUGAGGGAGAGGGUGGUGAAGGGGGCUGUGGAUUUUGAGAGGCCGGUUGUGGAGUAG